UCCGUGCCCGCGAGCAAGUGAAUCCGUCCGAAGUUGCUAAAAGUUACCUCGGAAAGUUUGACCUGAACGGUCUUCUGAGAUUCCGUCUGAACCCAACCGGCCCCCGAAGCUAUUAAUUUUGAAUCAUCAGAAGGAAAGUGGAAAACCCCCAAAGGAUAAAAAACAAUCAGUGUUUGCACCGUAGAUUCCUUCCGAACGAACCCUUUUCGUGAUGUUAGGGAAAAGUGAACUCGUGCUUUAAACACUAGUGGUGUGAAAAAAAGUGUGAUUUAAUAUUAAUUGAGUGCCAUCGUUGACACCCGGGUUGCAGAAUGAUUCUGACACAGAUGAAUGUCCUGGGGCUGGCCAGUUCUUGGCUGGUGAUACACUGUAUUCUUCAUGUGACAAGUUCCGAGCUUGAAACUUUCGACUACUGUAUCAGGACGAGUCCUUCCGUAGGGUUGUUGCAGUGUGCCGGACAGCAAGCGUUGGCUUCGUUGCAGUUUCUCGAGGAGGCCAACAAUUUGACCCUCGGGAGUGGGAUACUGAUGAUUAAGGAUGAGAGUAAUCCGGCAGCGCGGAUAUUGCCCAAUUUUCUGGAUCAUGAUCCGAUGGAUUUUCGAGGAAUACUGGAAAACGCCGGCGCUGUCAUUUCCCAGCGGCAACUCAUGUGGGACAUGGGCAUCAUCUAUCCAGGGUUGAAGCUGAAGAUUGGACCCACGCUGGGAGCCAAUGGGGUGUUGGAGUUUGUGAUGGAUCCCGCCAGCAACGGACACAACGAUGAGCGAACUUUCUUCGAGGAGAAAUCAACAGCUCGCAUCUUGACGCGCAACUUUGUGGUCCCGUUCCUGCUCGGUCUCAAGUUCAACCUGGCCACGCUGCUCCCGCUCAUCUUCGGUGGGCUGAUUCUGCUGAGCAAAAAAGCUCUCAUCUUGGGAAAAAUCGCUCUGUUCGUGUCGGGCCUAUUUGGUUACGGAAGCAUCUUUACGCCCGGAAUCGGUUAUGGCCUUGGCUAUCCAACGGCUUCGACGUUCGGUGGACUCGGAAGCUAUGGCGGUUUCCAUCAUAAACCGUUUCGGUACGGCGAUGCGUUGAGCGAUAAACCGGAUUGGGAAAGCCAUCAGCAGCAGCAUCAUCAUCACUAUAAACCGCAAAGUGAUUCAUUGCAUCAGAGCUAUUACGGCGGGGGCUCGCCGUCAACUGUGUCAACGCAAGCGGAUGAUAGCGUGAGCAGUGGCUAUUAUAAGAAGCAGGACAAGUUCUUGAACUUGGACGAAAGGUUGGAGGCGCAGUCGUCGGCGCUGGUGGAUAAGUUCUACGAUUACGAAAAGCAGCAGAUGAUGAAGGAUCGGACGUCGAGGUUGUUCGAGAGGAAAUACUACGAAACGGAACAGGCAAAAGAGAAGGACGGCGGGGGAGGAAAUGGGAAGGGGGUGAAGGGAGAUGGUUAUACUUUCGUUACAGGGGACAAUGAGGAGCGGAACGAACGAUCACUGCCAAUGUCAAGUGGAUACAGGAGCUUUGCGUGGAGUGAGACUGUUUCGGUGGCAUUCUUGGUCGGUUCGGCAAAGCAUGCCCCCUUCAUCAUGAAGUGGUUGCUCGUGAUUUCGGUUCUCGCCGCGACAAAUUCGGUUCGGUUGGCGUAUUCCAAAGCUGUUGACUCCUCUGGUGAAGAAGUGCUAAACGUAACAAGUUCUAUUCCGAGUUCUGCACUAGAUAUUGUGACCAGUUUUCGAAGCUGUUUUGCGGACAUUGGGUUCGUGGAUUGUGCGAAGAACGUUCUAGUGCGAGUGCUGAACAAUGCUAUCAACAGCAACGCUGUAGUGCGAGUGACUCGAUAUCUGGUGAUCAGGAAGAAUCCGGACUUUGUCCUUACAGAAGCAGAUGAACGUACUCCAGCCGAUUGGCAUACGCUAAUUUCGAAGGUGCGGGACUUUCUGGAUUCCCGAUCCAUUCAACUAAGCCUAGUGGCCCCGGAUGGGCGAUCCCUGAUUCCGUUCGGAGCGGAAGCUCGUGGCAAGAAGCACAAGCAUAAACAUCAAGGCGGAAUGUACAUGAUGGGUGGAGUGGCCUUUAUGGCGAUGAUGGCUCAGCUGGUUCUGGGGAAAGUGGCGCUGCUGGCGGCGGUUGCGCUGAUCAUGGCCAAGAUUGCACUGGUGUUCUCGACGCUGGUAAAUAACCUUGGUUAUCUAUUUCGUUCGAUAAAAUCGUCGCAAAGUCACGGCUGGUGGUAAGCCAGGGGAGAGUGCGAACAGAAUCAAUGACGAGUGCUCUUUGGAACUUUCUUUGCAGA